AAAGAAUUCAAGGAGAUAUUUGUGGGCCAAUUACCCCUCCGUGUGGACCGUUUCGAUAUUUUAUGGUGCUCAUUGAUGCAUCAACACGUUGGUCACAUGUCAGUCUUUUAUCGACUAGAAAUUUUGCAUUUGCAAAUCUCCUUGCUCAAAUUAUUCGUUUGAGAUCACAAUUUCCGGAUUAUUCAAUAAAGAAAAUCCGACUUGAUAAUGCAGGAGAAUUUACAUCCCAAUCUUUUAAUGACUAUUGCAUGUCAAUUGGGAUUGAUGUGGAACAUCCAGUUCCACAUGUACAUACACAAAAUGGUCUUGCCGAAUCCUUAAUUAAGUGAUUACAAUUAAUUGCUAGACCAUUAUUGAUGAAAUCCAGAUUACCAUCAUCUGCAUGGGGAUAUGCUAUAAUGCACGCUGCAAAUUUAAUUCGGCUUAGGCCAACGACAUAUCAUAAAUUUUCCCCAUUACAAUUAAUAUCUGGUAAAGAACCAAAUAUAUCACACCUAAAAAUAUUUGGUUGUUCUGUGUAUGUACCAAUUGCUCCACCUUAUCGUACUAAAAUAUGUCCUCAAAGAAGGCUGAGAAUUUGUGUUGGUUUUAAAUCACCCUCAAUUAUUAAUUAUCUAGAACCUAUGACCGGUGACUUAUUCACCGCGCGGUUCGAUGACUGUCAUAUUGAUGAGACAGUAUUCCCAGCCUUAGGGGGAGAUAUUAAAGAAAUGGACCCACUUAUGAAAGAUAUUACUUGGAAUGCAACAAAUUUAUCUUUUCUUGAUUCUCGCACAAAUGCUUGUGAACAAGAAAUUCAAAAGAUUAUUCAUUUACAAAAUGUUGCAAACCAAUUGCCUGAUGCUUUCACAGACUCAAAGAAAGUGACAAAGUCACAUGUUCCAGCUAUGAAUGCUCCUUCUCGAAUAGAAAUUCCUGCGGAGAUUAGCGAAAGAACACUUGCUAAUGAAUCUAUGAUACGUAAAAAACGUGGUAGACCACUUGGUUCAAGAGAUUUGAAACCAAGAAAAUUUAAACAGCAAGUUGUAGUUUGUGAUGCCAAAGAAGUUCAACCUUCUCAACAAGAAAAUGAACAUUUUGAAAAUAUCGGCCUUGAAGAUAACAUCAACAAUAAUGAUACCUCAAAAGAGGAUCCAAUCACCUUCGAAGAGGUAAAUAUUCCAGAUAAAGAUAGAAACGUCGAUAAUUUUGAAAUUUCAAUUAAUUACGUUUCUAAUGGAAUACAAUGGAAUAGAAAUGAUAUUGAUGUUAAUGAUAUAUUUUCAUAUGCCAUCGCCACAGAUAUAAUGAAUGAACACGAUGACAAUGAGCCUAAAUCUAUUGACGAAUGUCGUCGUAGAAAUGAUUGGCCAAAAUGGAAUGAAGCAAUUCAGGUAGAAUUAAAAUCGCUAGAAAAGCGUAAUGUUUUUUGGACCAAUUGUCCAUACGCCAAAAGGCGUAAAACCUGUCGGUUUUAAAUGGGUUUUUGUGCGUAAACGCAACGAGAAAAAUGAAAUCGUUAGAUACAAAGCCCGACUUGUUGCCCAAGGUUUUUCUCAAAUGCCAGGAAUCGAUUAUGAUGAGACGUAUUCUCCAGUAGUUGAUGCUACAACUUUAAGAUUUUUAAUUGGCAUGUCUGUUUUUGAAAGGCUGCAAAUGCGCCUAAUGGAUGUGGUGACCGCAUAUUUAUACGGUUCACUCGAUACAGACAUAUAUAUGAGAAUUCCUGGAGGUUUUAAAAUACCUGAUGCUUAUAGCUCGAAAUCUCGAGAUUUAUUUUCCAUAAAAUUGCAAAAGUCAUUAUAUGGAUUAAAACAAUCUGGACGCAUGUGGUAUAACCGUCUCAGUGAAUAUUUGAUUAAAGAAGGGUAUAAAAAUGAUCCUAUUAGUCCAUGUGUUUUCAUUCAACGAUCCGAAUCAGGAUUCGCCAUAAUUGCAGUAUAUGUUGAUGAUUUGAAUAUAAUCGGAACUCCUAAUGAAAUUGAAAAUACUGCAAAAUAUCUCAUGAAAGAAUUUGAAAUGAAAGACCUUGGGAGAACAAAAUUUUGUCUCGGCAUUCAAAUUGAACAUUUGAGAAAUGGUAUUUUCAUCCACCAAUCAAAUUAUACCGAGAAACUUUUGAAGCGAUUUUACAUGGAUAAAGCACAUCCGCUCAAUUCUCCAAUGGUGGUUCGAUCUCUCAAUGUGCAUGAUGAUCCUUUCCGACCUUGUGAAGAUGAUGAAGAAAUCCUUGGUCCCGAAAUACCAUAUUUGAGUGCUAUUGGAGCAUUAAUGUAUUUGGCUAAUAAUACUCGACCAGAUAUUGCUUUUUCUGUAAAUUUAUUAGCCUGGUACAGUUCUUCCCCAACAAGAAGGCAUUGGAAUGGUGUCAAACAUAUAUUCCGAUAUCUCAAUGGUACAAUCGAUCUUGGAUUGUAUUUCAAGAAUGGUGCAAAUGCCACUUUAAUUGGCUACGCGGAUGCAGGAUACUUGUCUGAUCCACAAAAGGCAAAAUCACAAACAGGAUAUUUAUUCACCUAUGGUGAUACCGCUAUAUCAUGGAGAUCAAUGAAGCAAACAUUAACUGCAACAUCAUCAAAUCAUGCAGAAUUAAUUGCUCUUUAUGAAGCAGGUCGUGAGUGUGUCUGGUUGAGAUCAAUGAUCCAGCACAUACAAAAUGAAUGCGGUAUAAAAUCUUUUACUUCUAAUCCUACUGUGAUUUAUGAAGAUAAUACAGCAUGUAUAGCUCAGAUCAAAGGAGGUUACAUCAAAGGGGACAGAACAAAGCAUAUAGCACCAAAACUUUUCUCCACACAUGAUCUUGAGAAAGACGGAACGGUUGAUGUCAAACAAAUCAAGUCAUGCGACAACCCUGCUGAUUUGUUCACAAAGUCAUUUA